UUGGAUAUGGCUAGACAUGUGCCUUUGUAUCGAGCUCUAUUGGAGCUGCUUCGAGCCAUCGCUUCAUGUGUAGCACUGGUACCACUGCUGCUUCCACUGUCUGGAGCUAAUGGAGAAGAGGAGGAGGAACAAACAGAAUCGCAAGCAUCUGUAGGCACCUUACUGGCAAAAAUGAAAACUUGUGUGGACACAUAUACCAACAGAUUAAGGUCCAAGAAAGAUAAGGUGAAAGCUGGAGUCAAACCAGAUGCCUCUGAUCCUGAGCCAGAAGGACUGACUUUGCUUGUGCCAGAUAUCCAGAGAACUGCAGAGAUAGUUUAUGUUGCUACCACCAGCCUUCGCCAAGCUAAUCAAGAGAAGAAGCUGGCAGAGUUCUCCAAAAAGGUUGCUGUGAAGUCCAAACCUUUUUCAGUCUUGCGAUCUUUAGAAGAGAAGUAUGUGGCUGUUAUGAAAAAGCUCCAGUUUGACACUUUUGAGAUGGUAUCUGAAGAUGAUGAUGGAAAACUGAUGUUUAAAGUCAAUUACCAUUACAUGUCUCAGGUGAAAAAUGCAAGUGAUGCAAACAGUGCUGCACGAGCACGACGUCUCGCACAAGAGGCAGUUACUCUCUCUACAUCGUUGCCUCUGUCUUCUUCAUCCAGUGUCUUUGUCCGGUGCGAUGAAGAAAGACUAGACAUUAUGAAGGUUUUGAUAACUGGUCCAGCAGACACUCCCUAUGCUAAUGGAUGUUUUGAAUUCGAUGUAUACUUCCCUCAAGAUUAUCCUAAUUCUCCUCCUCUUGUGAAUUUGGAGACAACUGGUGGCCAUAGUGUCCGUUUUAACCCAAAUCUUUAUAAUGACGGAAAGGUGUGUUUAAGCAUACUAAACACCUGGCAUGGGAGACCCGAAGAGAAGUGGAAUCCACAGACCUCAAGUUUUUUGCAGGUAUUGGUGUCAGUACAGUCCCUUAUUCUUGUGUCUGAGCCCUACUUCAAUGAGCCAGGAUAUGAGAGGUCAAGGGGCACACCAAGUGGCACGCAGAGCUCCAGAGAGUAUGAUGGAAAUAUUAGGCAGGCAACAGUCAAAUGGGCCAUGCUAGAACAAAUUAGAAACCCCUCACCGUGUUUUAAAGAGCGACAUACGGCUCAGCUACGAGAAGAGCUCUUAAAGCUCCAGUGCCCUGAAGGCUUGGACCCAGAUGCUGAUGAUUCUACAGAAAAAUGCCUUGCCACAGCAAGCUGUGAGGAGACCACACUGCACGAACAGGCCAAACCCAGCAGCAGUAAAGACAACGCCAGUGACUUUAAAUUCUGA